UCUUUCAUUGAUCUCCGCCUGGGGGAACUCUGUUUGUACCGAUUGAUCCAGGAAAAACAAGAAAUAAAAUGUUGGGAGAUUUCUUAGCUCGAUUUCUUCUGAUGAUAUUUGGGUAUGCUUAUCCAGCUUUUCAAUGCUACAAGGUGGUGGUGAAAUCCCCAGUUCAGGUUCAAGAGCUUCUAUAUUGGUGCCAAUUUUGGAUUAUUGUGGCAAUUUUAACAGUUGUUGAGAGGAUUGCUGAUGCUUUUGUGGGAUGGUUUCCCAUGUAUGGAGAAUUGAAGUUGGCUCUCUUUAUCUAUUUGUGGUAUCCAGAGACUAUGGGAUCGGGGUAUGUAUUCCAGCAGUUGUUGAGGCCCUUAGUUGAUAAUAAUGACAAAGACAUAGAAAAGAUGUUGUUGGAAUUGAGAGUAAAAGCUUGGGAUUUGGCUAUUUUCUACUGGAACCAUUGCACUGAGUUGAGCCAAUCUGCAUUUGUUAAAGUUGUUAAUUACCUCGCUUCUCAAAAUAACAACCCUGGUUCUACAUCUUCAGCUCCAUCUAAGAAGGAAAGGUGAACCUUUUUUAACACAUCAAUUAUGGAGUUGGUCAAAUCUCCAACUUUUUUAGAGAAAGAUUAUGUUCAUUAUCAUUGAGCUUAGCUAAUCUUGGCAAAAAAAUUCAGAACAAUACAAAUGUUCGUUGAAUUAAACUUUUGUUAACAAGUGAUCUACCCUGCCAAUGUUGUAAUAUUUUGGCUACUUUGUAUUUAAUGUUUGUUUGUUUAUAUUAAUUUAAUGAAAUAAAAUUGUGUCCAACUCAUUGUCUUUCA